CCUGUAUUUACUCGUGUUUGAACGCCUCUCUAGUCACUGUAGUCUGUAAUUAUGCCUGUGUGUGUGUGAGAGAGCCGAACACACACCCCUCUGUCAUUCAGUCAUGGACUACAGAUGAGUUAAAGUGUCUCAGAUUUGAAUCGGUACAGACUGAAGCGUGAUGGCGGCGGUGUGAGUGAACACAGCUGAUCGUUUAUAUUCGGUCUGGGUGAAACAUGGCGAUGGUGGAGAAAAGUUCGUCCUCGGGACAAAGUGAUGUUUUAUUAAACCUGCGCUGGAGACAGGUAGUGAAAGAACAACAGGACCGGUUCAGAUCCAGCAGAGAGAGUUUACCUGUACUGAACACACCUGUACUGAACACACCUGGAGCUCUGCAGAGAGACAGAAGCAGCGGGGAGAUUGCAUCAGAGGAGCGGCCACCCGAAACCCUCGGCUAUCUGAACUCAGACUCCAGACACAAGGUCUGUGUGCAGAACGUCCCCUGUGCCGGCCACGCCCUGAGGAACGCGUUUCUAUCCAAUGGACAAGAAAACUGGAAAACUCAUGUAAAACUGGCCAGAAUCAUCAGGAGGAGUUUUGUAGGACUGGAGCUGGUACAGUGGCUGAUGGAGCAGUGUGUAGUUGUCGAGAGCAGAAAUGCAGCGUGUAGAGUUUGGAAUGUUCUUCUGGAGCUGCGCAUCCUGCUCUCAGUGGAACGGCAGGCGGUGUUUGAAGAUUCUGGAAGUCUGUACCAGUUCUCCUUCGAGGAGUGUGAAGCUCAGAGCUGUGAGUUUAGGAAGCAGAGCCAGUGGCUGAACGGAGUGAGUCUUCUCCUAAAAGCAGGACCCCAUACUCAGCACCACAUGGGGACCCCAAAACCGACUGAUGGAGAGAUGAGGAGAAGUUCUAACACCAGUUCUCCGGUGGACGUGAUCCAGAUGAGAGCUCUGGAGCGCCUGACCUCAUCGGUCCAGAACGAGCUGACGCUGGCGCUGGCUCGGAAAUCACGCUGCAAAUCAGUGAUUGAAGACGCCGCCUCAGAAGCACCUGAUGAUCCAUCAUGCAGAACUUCCACCAGUCAACAAACGCAGAGCUCUGGAGCGGGAUCACACAGUGGAGAGGAGAACGGCCGUGUGGAGACGGUCCAGAAACUCACCAAGGACGCCUGCCGUCACCUCCACAGCCCACUCAGACCCACAGAACGUCCAGCCGAGCCCCUGGGUGACGCAGCAGUCCGGGUGUGUGUUCGAGAGAGGAGCCGAGAGAUGCUGCUGCUUCAGAGAACCACGUCAGAGAGGCCGUCCUCCUCCUCCUCCUCGUGCUCCUCCUUUUCUUCGUCCUCCUCCCUUACCCAGAGGUACGCCAGCGUGCCCGCCAGCCCAGAGAAGGUUCUGGAACACCUGCUGAGCCACCUGAGGCUGGAUGAAGAGAGCGCGGGCACCCAGGAUCGGGACACCGAGAAUCUCCUGGAUGAUUUCUUGCUGACGUAUCCGGUCUUCAUGUCUACUGCUGAUCUCUGUCAGGCGAUCCUCGGCCAUUAUUAUAAGAGAGGCAAGAUGAAGGAAGAGGGGCGAGAGACCCUGCUGAGGAAACGGACGGUCCUUCACCUGUCCUCCCAGUGGAUCCUGCUGUGUCGAGACCGGCUUCAGGACGACGAGCAAACCAAACUCUUCAUGAAGACGCUGUCCCGGUACGUUCUGGACGACCUGUAUGAGUAUCCGUCUCUGGAGAAAGAGCUGAAGGAGCUCCAGAAACUUCUGCGCAUGAAACGCAGACACACGGUGGACGAUUAUUCUCCACUGAGGAAGAAUAAAGUUCUCUUCCACCAGUUGAGUCUAAAAGAGAACUGGCAGCCCAUGAGAGCGACCCAGAGGGAGAGGAAGGAAGUUCUGUGUCACCUGUACGUCACCGUGGACUCGUUCGUGAGUGUGAGGGCACACACGGCGGUGACGGCUCAGGAGCUCCUGGCUGCGGUGGCCGAGAGGCUGGAAUGUGCGGAGGACGACAUGGUGCUGGUGGCGAUCACCUACUCCAGAGAGAAGGUUCUGAUCCAGGCCCAGCAGGGUGUGUACUCAGACCCUCUCAGUUCUGUGAGCAGACUGUGCGUGUACAGGAAAGAUCAAACCCACCUACUGGACCCCGUCAUAGAGAACGCUCAGCCCCAGCAGCCGGCGGUCCGAAUGCUCAGCAUGAACACGUGGGACGCAGCCGUGUCCCUGACCAACUGUGACUGGAGUCUCUUCAGCAACCUGCAUGAGCAGGAGCUGGUGUAUUUCACUCUGAGCCGUGAUUCCUGCUCGGGCCACACGGCGGCGCUAGAGUUGCUGCUGCAGCGCUGUAAUGAGGUGCAACAGUGGGUGAUGACUGAGGUUCUGCUCUGUACCGAACUCUGUAAACGGGUCCAGCUCUUCAAGAAGUUCAUCAAGAUCGCAGCACACUGUAAAGCUCAGAGGAACCUGAACUCGUUCUUUGCCAUCAUCAUGGGUUUAAACACUCCUGCUGUCAGCAGACUGAGCCAGACCUGGGAGAAAGUUCCUGGAAAGUUUAAGAAACAGUUUUCCGAGCUGGAAAGUUUAACGGAUCCUUCGUUCAACCACAAAGCCUACAGAGAUGCCUUCAGGAAGAUGAAACCUCCCAAGAUUCCGUUCCUGCCGCUGCUCCUGAAAGACAUCACGUUCAUCCACGAAGGAAACAAAACCUUCCUGGAUAAUCUGGUGAACUUCCAGAAGCUGCACAUGAUGGCGGACCUGGUGCGGAUCAUCAGGCAGUGUCAGACGGAUCACAUGGGAAACAUGUCGAACCAAAAAGACAAUCCUGAGGUCAGAACCUACAUCAACUAUCUUCACAUCAUCGACAAUCAGCAGACUCUGUUCGAGCUUUCACACAGACUGGAGACUAAAGUCUAGGCCACCUUCACGACUGCUAAUGAGACGAGGCCGAAUUCUGCUCUCGUUUGCGUGGAAGCCACCGAGACGGAGGAUCGAUGUUCAUGGACGGACAGGAGAGCGAGAAACUGAACACGGAGCCUGAACUGACUUUACAUAUGUCAAGGUGAAAGGUGAUCCUGGUUGCAGUUCUGCAGGCACACGAGAGGUUCACUUACUUUCUGAACGUAAUGAAGGAAGCGAUGGUUGGUUCAGUUCAGUUUGAUAUCGUGCUGGUCAGCAUGACGUGGCAGUGCCACUGACCGACCGGGACGAAACUCGUCAUGUAAAAAAUGUGAAUAUUUAAUUUAAUUUGAGUUUUUUAUGUAAAAAGAAAAUCAAUAGAGAGAUAUUAUUACCUCUA